AUGGGCGACUUCCCCUGCAUCCCGCCUAUUGUUUCCUUUACCGGCCUUAUCGUCGGCACCGGCCACUCCUCGCUGCGGCGGGACCUACUGCCCGGUCCAGGCGCCGCCCAACUUAACUGUUGCGGAUUUGUCCGCCUUUCUACCUAUGUCGCUCCUGGGAUGCCUAAUAAGGUCCCCUUCAAGGGCUUCCACCCGAAGAUGGCCGAGAGGCAGGACUCUCAAUUUCAGCCUAACGUCCCCUUUACCUGCACAGGCAAGGUCGCUGGCCUGCUCCGUCAUGAUGUCAUGCUCUACCCCUGGCUCGGACCGGGACAACGUCUUUAUCGUCGUCCCGGAUUCCUGGACUUUUCUCGACAAGGCCGCCGCCGCCGUCACCACGAUGGCACCGCUUCUCUCUACGCCACAGAGGCAACAAGCUUCCUCCGCUUCCGCGGCCUUCCGGGACGUGCGCGCUGCCUCUUUGUCUUUGAUCACCCCUGGCACCCUCCCGCUCAGUCCUCCACCCUUGGCUUCGGCUUCGCCCUCGACCGGCCACCUUACGCCGCCCGGGAAACGAUAUUGCCCUGA